UGAGAGUAACAUCGGGACCUGGCCAGUAUCCUGAAGGUGGAGCGCAGGCGUUUCACGGCCUUCAAGGAUGAGUACGAAGGCAAGGAGACAGCCCUGCUGGUGGACAGAUACAAGUUCAUGGACCUGUACCCCUGUUCUGCCAGUGAGCUCAAAGCCCUCGGAUACAAGGACGUGUCCCGUGCCAAACUGGCGGCGUUGCUCCAGACAGAGACGGUGGUGACUCCAUCGGCUCCCACGCAAAAGGACGAGGCCGACCGCAAACCAGAGUACCCCAAACCUGACACCAGCCAGAUGAUCCCCUACCAACCACGACACAUGGCCCCUCCAGGACUGCACCCUGUUCCAGGGGGGGUGUUCCCGGUCCCCCCGGCCGCAGUCAUCCUGAUGAAGCUACUGCCUCCACCCACCUGCUUCGUGGUCAGUACCAACACCCCACAACUCACUGUUGGUGACAUCACUGUACCAACACCCCUCCACUCACUGUUGGUGACAUCACAGUACCAACACCCCACCACUCACUGUUGGUGACAUCACAGUGCCAACACCCCACCACUCACUGUUGGUGACAUCACAGU